AUGGCUGACCAGCAAGCUCAAGCAUGCCAAAAUACUCGACCAGUUGGAGCUCUUCCAAGCGAUAUUGAGGCUAAUCCUAAGGAAUCUAUUAAUGUUGUGUCAUUGAGGAAUGAGAUACAGUUAGAAGAAGUCCGGUCGAAAAAGAGAAAGCAAGUGACCUUUCACGAGAAACCGACCACUUUAGAAGCAGAAUCAGAAAAAUCAAAGGAGUCAGAGAAGCCAGCUGAAGAGGCGGUGGCUAAGCAACCCCCACCAUUAGUUCUGCAAAUCAACAUUCCACUGGUAGACAUUUUGCAAGAAGUAUCCAAAUAUUCCAAAUACAUCAAGGACAUAGUGGCAAAUAAGAGGAGGUUGAAAGAGUUCGAGACUAUGGAACUCACUGAAGAAUGUAGCUCAAGAAUUCAAAGCAAGCUACCUCAAAAAUUGAAGGAUCCAGGUAGUUUCACUAUCCAAAUCUCGAUUGGUAAGCACGCAGUCGGGCGAUCUUUGUGUGAUCUUGGAGCGAGCAUCAAUUUGAUGUCGCUAUCUGUGUUCAGACAGUUGGGGUUGGAUGAGCCGAGCCCAACCACGGUAAUUUUACAGUUGGCUGAUCGCCCCUUGCUCAUCCUGAAGGAGUGA